UUAUCUACAGAAAACAUGAAGCGGUUGAGAUCGAGCACCGAUCUCGAUUCAUAUGAGAAAAAUGCAAGCAAAGAACGGAGUCAGGAUCCGAAUCGAUCAUCUCGGAGCAGCAGUAGCAGCGGCUUUUACUACAAGCCAUCUUCAGCCUCCGAUAGCAACGCCCGCACCAAAAGCAAUUUGAUUUCUUCUUCUUCUUCUUCUCGGUAUGAUCGAGAACAAUCCGGGGCUGAUGAGGAUAGCGGCAGGGAGAGGAUGGUCCGGAAGCGAACUGAGCAUGAUUUUGAGAGCUUCGAUAGGCGAAAAUUAGAGUUUAAUCGUUACAGAGAGAGUGGUAGUAGUAGUGGUUGUCUCCGCAGAUCAGAGAGCUUCCGUGGGCCUCGUAGAGAUUUUCCAAAGGGGUUCCGAUCAGAGAGAGAUCGAACCCGAGGCGAAAGUGGGAGCUCAUGGCAAAGGUUUGGAAUUAACGAGCACAAAGGAAGUAUUAGUAAGGUGCAACUAAGGGAGGUCAGGGAUGUGAAUUCGCCAAGUUGGUCGAGGGAUUCUUUGGUAGCAGGGAGAAUGGUUGGCGAGUCGAGGGAGAGGGAGGAAAUGAGGAGGAGAAGCUCCAAGUCGAAGUCAAGGGAUUCUGGCAGUGAGCAGUCUAAGAGUGUUGAUGAUGGUGGUGGUGGAGAGGUGAAGAAGAGUGAGGAAAAACUGGUGGAGACUGAUACUAGCAGUGAGAUGGAGGAAGGUGAGUUUGAUCCUGAACCUCAAGCUAAGCCAGAACAUGAAUCAGCUAUUGAACCUCAGGCUGAGCCUCAACAUGAAUCGGCUACUGAACCUCAGGCUGAGCCUCAAUAUGAAUCAGCUGCUGAACCUCGGGCUGAGCCUCAACAUGAAUUAGCUACUGAACCUCGGGCUGAGCCUCAACAUGAAUCAGCUAUUGAACCUCAUGAAUCAGCUACUGAACCUCAGGCUGAGCCUCAACAUGAAUCAUCUACUGAACCUCAGGCUGAGCCUCAACAUGAAUCAGCUACUGAAACUCAUGCUGAGCCUCAACAUGAAUCAGCUACUGAACCUCAGGAUAAGAUUCGACAUGAAUUAGCUACUGAACCUCAGACUGUGCCUCAACAUGAAUUAGCUACUGAACCUCAGACUGUGCCUCAACAUGAAUUAGCUACUGAACCUCAGACUGUGCCUCAACAUGAAUUAGCAACUGAACCUCAGGCUGAGCCUCGACAUGAACUGGCUUCUGAAUAUGGGGUUAGAAGUGAUGGGAAAGAGUGUUGUCAUAAAGAAACAGAGAAUGAUGCAGGUUACAUGCAUUCAAAUGUGGAGAUUGAGGAGGAUGUUCAUAAGGAGAGGAGGGAUGAAAGAAAGGGUGAGGGGAAAGUAGAUGAUGAGUUGCCAGAUUGUGGAAAGAGUUUAAAUGGUGGUAAUAGUGGUAAUGGGGAUAAGAUAGAUGGUGUGGAUGGUGAAGAAGUUGAAAUGCAGGAAGAAGGUGUGAAUGCCGAUGUUAAAUGUGAGGAAGAUAGUAGCAAAGGUGCAGUUGUGCAGAUGUCAUCCUGUCUGGAAGAGAGGUGUAAGGUGGAUAAAGGGAUUGAUCUUGAGAGGCAGGUUGAGGAAUGUGAGGCAGCAAAUUUUAUUAAGGGAGUUGCAAAGGAAAAUAGUAAACAUAAAAUUAAUAUUGACGAGUUAGAGAUGGGUUUGAGUUGGAAUGUCACGGAUAAAUGUAAAGGGGUUGCUGUUGAAUCGGCUAAUGUAACUGAUUCUGUAGAGAACGGGGUUUGGACUGAAAGGGAAGCUAAAGAUGAAGAUCUUGACAUGGAAAGGCCAGGUACGAAGGGUUUUGAGUUGUUCUCUUACUCUCCUGCUAGGAGAGUGGAAAAGGAAGAAAAAUCGGGUGCCGAUAAGCAGAAAGAAGAUAAGCUGGUGUUGGAAUCACUUGAUCUUUCUCUUAGUUUGCCAAAUGUGUUGUUGCCUAUUGGUGCUCAACAUACGGAUGCAGUUCCUGGCUCGCCUACCCACGGGAGGAGUGUGCAGUCCUUAACGAACACAUUUCAUACAACCUCUGAUGAUUUUACUGCAUCCAUGUCCUUUUCAGGUUCCCAGUCAUUUUACCAUAAUCCGAGUUGUUCUUUGAAUCAGAAUUCCAUGGAUAACAAUGAACAAUCUGUUCACAGUCGUCCCAUACUUCAGGGAGUUGAUCAACUUUCUCAAGGAUCAUGGCAGUCUCAGAAUGAGUCCAGGAAGAAAGAUGUUCCUAUGUUUCAGAGGAUUUUGAGGAAUGGUAGUGGGUCUUUCAGUCAAUCUUCAGCAUUACAGGGCACUACAAACAGUCAGGCUAUUCAAACACAAAAUAUUCACAGUUUUGAAGGAAGCUCGAAGGCGCCCAAUGGAUUUGAGAGGCAGUUGAGUUUUCAUAAACAGAAUGAUGUCAGGUCCACUUCACAGAGUUUUAGGUCUCACCAAAAUGGUUCAUUUCACAGUUAUGGCAAGAAGCAAACCCCAAGAGAGAGGCAUGGUGAUAGCCUAUAUAGGAGCAGUAGCCAAAAAGAGCAAGAACAAAUUCUGAUUGGCGGAGCUGAUUUUGUUGAGACUAUAUUGUGCAGGAUGGCUUUUGAGCCUAUCCAUCUUAUGGCUAGGAAGUGUCAUGAAAUGACAGGACAAUCAAUUGCCUCUCUAAAAGAGAGCACACGUGAGAUUAUGUUAAAUGCAGGUAAGCAUGGAGAGCUGCGUGCAUUUCAGGAGGCCCUACAGAGCAGAUCUGAUUUAACACUGGAAAUGCUGCUAAAAUGUCAUCGGGCUCAAUUGGAAAUCUUGGCUGCCCUGAAAACUGGUCUUCCUGAGUAUCUUCAGUUGGACAAUAGUGUUUCAUCUUCUGAUUUGGCUGAGGUCUUUCUGAACUUAAGAUGCCGUACUCUUACAUGCCGAAGUUCUCUGCCUGUGGAUGAAUGUGAUUGCAAGGUUUGUUCUAAGAAGAAUGGUUUUUGCAGCGCUUGCAUGUGUCUCGUAUGUUCAAAAUUUGACAUGGCAUCCAAUACUUGUAGUUGGGUUGGUUGUGAUGUGUGUCUUCAUUGGUGUCAUGCGGAUUGUGGCUUAAGGAAAGCUCAUAUUAGGAAUGGACAUGGUGCAGCUGAGAUGCAGUUUCAUUGUGUUGCCUGUGAUCACCCUUCUGAGAUGUUUGGCUUUGUAAAGGAGGUUUUUCAGAAUUUUGCAAAGGAUUGGACGCUUGAAACCUUUUCCAAGGAACUUGAAUAUGUCAAGAGGAUAUUUUGUGGCAGCAAAGAUGUGAGAGGCAAACAGCUGCAUAAUCUCGUUGAUCAAAUGCUUGUUAGAUUGGCGACGAAUAAGUUGGACCUUCCUGAGCUUUUUAGUCAAAUAAUGGGCUUCCUGAAUGAUGGUCAUUCUUUCAAGCCUGGCAAUGCAACUGUUUUGUCUGGAAAAGAACAAGGCAAAGGAAUCGAUACUAUAGCUGGGCCAAGUCAGGACGCUACACAUCUCAAAUCUGUUUAUUCUGAUAAAGCUCCUCAAUUGGAAAGAUCAUCUAGCCAGCUUCCUAGUUUCCGUGUUGACCGACCUGACAAAUGCUCUUUAGAGCCAGAGCUGCAGAGGAGUGCUGAAAAGCAACUAUUUCUACCUGAACUGGAGAGCUUCGUUAGAAUCAAACAGGAGGAAGCCAAAAUGUACCAAACACGUGCCGAUGAUGCAAGAAAAGAAGCAGAAGGCCUGAAACGAAUCGCAAUGGCAAAGGAUGAAAAGAUUGAAGAAGAGUACAGGAGUAGAGUCGCAAAACUACGCUUGGCCGAGGCGGAAGCAACACACAAACAAAAGUUUGAAGAAUUCCAAUCUCUAGAAAGAGUUUACAAGGAAUACUACAGUAUGAAGACAAGAAUGGAAGCGGACAUUAAAGAUCUUUUGUUGAAAAUGGAAGCCACAAGACGAAAUCUCGGCAUGUGAUUUGGCUUUCAGUUG